AUGAAUGGCCGGAACAUGGAGGAGAUGCCAUUCGAAAGAGUCAAGACCCGGCGGAGGAAGGGUCACUGCCCGGCCGGUGCACCCCUGGGCGCCAUCGCCUGCGAGGACGAGUUCAACAGCCACGAACUGGAGGCUCUCUUCCAGAACUACAACCUGAAGCUGGAGCAGACCGCCACCCUCAAAGCGCUGGCGGUGCUCAUCGUGGCCACGUCGUCCCUGUCCCUUGUGGAGCUGCUGUCCAGCCCGCGUCUCACCUUGUCCAAGGGCUCCUACCCGGUGCACUGCGUGGUGUUCCUGUCGCUGUUCAUCGUCACCAACGUCAAAUACCUGCAGGUGACGCAGCUGCAGCAAAUUGCGAAGCUGGCCCUGCUGUUCAGCUUCACCUUUGCUCUGCUCUGCUGCCCGUUCCCGCUGGCUCUGGGCACGUCGGAGCUGGUGGACGCCGCUGCCCCUGAGCAAGGCGUGUGGCAGCUCAUGUUGGUCACCCUCGUGGCUUACGUGCUGUUGCCGGUGCGGACCCUUCUGGCUGUGCUGUUUGGGGUGAUGUUGGCUGCGUCCCACUUCAUUGUCAUAGCGACGUCGGUCACGGAGAGGAGACAGAAGCUGUGGAGACCGCUGGUGGCCAACGCUGUGCUGUUCACCAGCGUCAACUUGUCGGGGGUGUUUGUGAGGAUUCUCACCGAGCGCACCCAGAGGAAAGUCUUCCUGCAAGCCCGCAACUGUAUCGAGGAGAGGCUGAGGCUGGAGGAUGAAAAUGAGAAGCAGGAGCGUCUGCUAAUGAGCCUGCUGCCCAGGAAUGUUGCCAUGGAGAUGAAGGAGGACUUCCUGAAGCCGCCUGAGAGGAUCUUUCACAAGAUCUACAUCCAACGUCAUGACAAUGUCAGCAUCCUGUUUGCAGACAUCGUGGGUUUCACCAGCUUGGCAUCUCAGUGCACCGCUCAGGAACUCGUCAAGCUGCUCAACGAACUCUUUGGGAAGUUUGAUGAGCUGGCGACAGAGAAUCACUGCAGGCGGAUAAAGAUCCUGGGGGACUGUUACUACUGUGUGUCGGGAUUGACCCAACCCAAGGCGGAUCACGCCCACUGCUGUGUGGAGAUGGGCCUGGACAUGAUUGAUACGAUCGCGUCGGUGGUGGAGGCGACAGAGGUGGAUCUGAACAUGCGUGUGGGCCUGCACACAGGACGGGUGCUGUGUGGCGUGCUGGGCCUGAGGAAAUGGCAGUAUGACGUCUGGUCAAACGAUGUCACGCUGGCAAAUGUGAUGGAGGCCGGAGGGUUGCCUGGCAAGGUGCACAUCACAAGGACCACCCUCGAGUGUUUGAAUGGAGACUACGAGGUGGAGCCGGGCUUCGGACACGAGAGGCACGCCUUCCUCCAGAAACAUAACAUAGAGACGUUUUUCAUCGUUCCAUCACACAGACGCAAAAUCUUUCCCGGUCUGAUUCUGUCGGACAUCAAACCGGCCAAGAGGAUGAAGUUCAAGACGGUGUGCUACCUGCUGGUGCAGCUCAUGCACUGUAGGAAGAUGUUCAAGGCCGAGAUCCCUUUCUCCAACGUCAUGACCUGCGAGGACGACGACAAGCGGAGAGCCCUGCGGACUGCGCCAGAGAAGCUGAGGAGCAGGACGUCCUUCUCCACCGCCGCCGUGCAGCACUCACCGGGAACACGCGUCAACCGCUACAUCGGGCGGCUCAUCGAAGCACGGCAGACCGAGUCCAAGACAUCAGACCUCAACUACGUCACCCUGUUCUACAGGAACAGAGACAGGGAGCGCAGGUAUUACCAGGUGUAUGACGACCAUUUCAUCGGCGCAGUGGUUCUCUCUCUGAUUCUCACCGCUCUGUUUGGCCUUAUCUAUCUGCUAAUGAUCCCACAGGGGAUGCUGGUGCUGCUGCUGCUGGUGCUGUGCGUGUGUUUCCAUGUGGCCUGUGUCAUGUACCUGCACCUCACCAGCGUUCAGUGCCAACCAGGCUGCCUCACCAUCCAGAUCCGAACUGUGCUGUUUGUCUUCCUCGUCCUGCUCACCUACUCUGUUACCCAGGCUUGUUUGGUGGGAUGUGUUCCUUGGGGUAGAGUUGGGACAAACACCAGCUUCUCUGUGGAGGACGUCGCUGCAGACUCGCUCGGGGUCGGACCCGACAACAUCACGGCCGUGGACAGAGCCGGUCCCAACAUGGGUUACGCCCUGCUGUCCUGCGUGGCCGGCACCCUCACCAUCGUCCCUUACCUCCGAGUGUCCUCGCUGCCCAAGAUCAUCCUGCUCCUCCUCCUCUCCGUUACCUACACCGUCGUCAUGGAGACCAGCGGCUAUCGGCAAGCCGUGGGAGGUGGUUUUCUACACACUCGGGGUUACGAUCCUGUGUUGGCUGUCAUGUUGUUUUGUGGAGCUCUGACUCUUCACUCAAGACAACUAGACUUAAAGCUGAGGCUCGACUACCUUUGGGCCACUCAGGCGGAGGAGGAGAGAGGCGACAUGGAGAAGGUGAAACUGGACAACAAGAGGAUCCUGUUCAACCUGCUGCCAGCUCAUGUGGCUCAACACUUCCUCAUGUCAAAUCCCAGGAACAUGGACCUGUACUACCAGUCCUACGCUCAGGUUGGAGUGUUGUUCGCCUCCAUCGCCAACUUCAACGACUUCUACAUCGAGCUGGAUGGCAACAACAUGGGCGUCGAGUGUCUGAGGCUGCUCAAUGAGAUCAUCGCUGACUUUGAUGAGCUGAUGGAUAAAGAGUGCUACAGGGAUAUCGAGAAAAUCAAGACCAUCGGCAGCACAUACAUGGCUGCAGUGGGGCUGGUUCCUACAACUGGCUCUAAGGCAAAAAAGUCCAUCACCUCACAUUUAUGCACAGUGUCAGAUUUUGCCAUUGAGAUGUUUGACGUCCUGGAUGCCAUCAACUACCAGUCCUACAAUGACUUUGUCCUGAGAGUAGGUAUCAACGUGGGACCAGUUGUGGCAGGAGUGAUUGGAGCCAGAAGGCCUCAGUAUGACAUCUGGGGGAACACAGUGAACGUAGCCAGCAGGAUGGAUAGCACUGGAGUACAAGGAAAAAUACAGGUGACGGAGGAAGUCCAUCGCCUCAUCACGAACUACUACGACUUUGUGUGCCGCGGCCAGGUCAGCGUGAAGGGCAAAGGUCAGAUGCUGACUUACUUCCUGGAGGGACGCCGGCAAGGCAUCAGGCCGUCUCAGACCCAGCAGCAGCAGCCCGGCAACGCCGAGCACCGCCGCAGCGCGUUCACCCAUGGCAGCGUGUGCACCAGGUUAAGCCCCGCCCCCAAGGUGACCACCUACGCUACGAUCAGGACCCCGAGCCCGAGCAUGGCUAAACCAACCACCUCCACCAGCACCACCAGGUACCUUCCCUCUGCCCCCACCGCCAUGGUGUGA